AUGGCCAUUGUGGCCAUUGUGGGUGAGACGUUCAUCUCCUACUACACCGGCCGCAUUAUUGACAUCCUGGGCAGCCGAUACAAUCCUGAUGCUUUUGCCACUGCACUGGCCUCGUGCCUUGUCUCCAUCAGCAGCUUCCUAGCUGCCGGCUGCCUUGCGGGCCUCUUCAUGUUCUCACUGUCCUGGCUCAACCUCUGUCUUUCCUGGCUGCUCUUCUCCUCCCUGGUGCACCAGGACCUGACCUUCUUCCAGCAGGUCAAGACAGACCUGACAUCGCACCUCUCCAAGGACACAGCCCCUAUUUGCCACUCGGUGCCGGCCAACGCCAACAUCUUCCUGCACAGCCUGGUUGUGGCACUGGGCCUUUACAGCUUCAUGUUGGGGCUGUUGUGGCACCUGACACUGCUCACUCUGCUCGAGAUGCCCCUCACCAUGGCCACCCACAAGAUCUAUGAUGCCUGCUACCAGGCCAUGCUGCAGGCCAUCCAGGACUCUGUGGCCUGCUCUGGGGAGGUGGCACAUGAGGCUGUGGCCUCCAUGGAGACUGUCAGCUUUGGCACUGAGAAAGAGGAGGCACGGCGCUAUGCUGUGGCCCUGGCCAACACCUGCCGCCUCAAGGACUGCCUGGACCUGGAGUGGACUCUCUACCUGCUCUUCCAAAGGCUGCUGCAGCUGGCCAUGCAGGUGCUGAUGCUGUACUGCGGCCACCAGCAAAUCCAGGAUGGGAUCAUGACCAAGGGCAGCCUGGUCUCCUUCCUGCUCUACCAGGGUGAAGUGGGGGAUAUGUACAGGUGAACCCUGGUGUACAUGUACGGAGACCUGCUGAGCAACGUGGGGGCAGCAGAGAUGGUGUUUGAGUACCUGGACUGGGCACCAGCCAUGAGCACCGACAGGAUCCAGGCAUCCACCACGCUGCAGGGCCACAUCACCUUCCAGGAUGUCUCCUUUGCCUACCCCUCUAUGACUAGGUGGAUGGCAUUGCAGGGGGUGUCAUUUGAGCUGCAGCCUGGGGCAGUGACUGCGCUGGUGGGGCUGAACGGCAGUGGGAAGAGCAUGUGUGUGGCACUGCUGGAGCAGUUCUUUGAGCCCCAGGCCAGGGAGGUCCUGCUGGAUGGGGAGCCCCUGUGUGCCUAUGAGCAUCGCUCCCUGCAUUGACAGGUGGCACUGGUGGGGCAGGAGCCCGUGCUCUUCUCCAGCUCCGUGUGAGAGAACAUCAACUACGGGCUGGACGAGGAGCAGGUGCUGGCCGUGGCCAGAGCUGCCUGUGCUGCUGAGUUUAUUGCCACAUUGGACCAGGGCUUGGAGACCAAUGUGGGGGAGAAGAGUGGGCAGCUGUCAGUGGGGCAGAAGCAGCGUAUUGCUAUUGCUCGGGCCCUGAUCCGGCUGCCGGGGGUGCUGAUUUUGGAUGAAGCCACCAGUGCACUGGACGUAGAGAGUGAGACCGCGGUCCGUGCAGCAGUACUGAGCAGCAGGGCUCACACGGUGCUGGUGAUCGCCCACCGCAUGGCAACAGUGGAGGCGGCCGACCACAUCGUGGUGCUGGAGAGAGGUGCUGUGGCUGAGCAGGGGACGCACUCUAAACUCAUGGCACACCAGGGGCCGUACUAUGCCCUGGUGCAGAGGCAGCUCACUGAGUAA